AUGUCGUCGGAAAUGUCACCGCCCAAUAAGAAGCGUACUUCGGAGCGGCAAAUCACGAAGGACGAUUUCCAGGAAGACGACAACGAGGAGCCAUCAGGAUCAAACCCCUGGGCGGGAGGGUUUCAGAAAGCUACUUACGAGGUAAUGGCGACUCGACGCAUCGUUAAAGCGCGCCGGCCUGCAGGAGGCGCAACCGCGUCUCCCCCGCCCGCCGCUCCCGCAGCCGCUGCGCCGCCGGAAAAACCGGCUCCGGCGGCUGCUGACAUGGCAGGCGGGUCCGACGUGGCGGAAGCGAAGGAGCAGGCGGAGGAGGAGGGGACGGAGGAGGUGAGUUCUGGCGGCAAGCGCGCGAAGAAGGCGCGAUCCGACGGCGCGGAGGAGGAGAAGGCGGCGGAAGCUUCUGCGAAGGAGGGGGACCAGGCGGGAGAGAAGAAAACGGAAGACGGUAAGGUUAGCGAAGACGCCACAAAAGAGGAUACGGCAGCCGCGGAGAAAGAAGGAUCGGGGGAAAGCGACAAGCAGGAGGCGAAGGCGGAGGGAGCGAAUGGCGCGGGAGCAGCGGCAAGCCCGACUGGGUUCGUGGGUUUCGCCAAGGCGGCUCCAGGGUUCAAUCCUUUCCUCUCCUCCACCACCGCCGCGUCUUCCGGCGGAGGUUUCGCCUCGUUCUCCUCUUCCGCCUUCGCGUCCCCCUUUUCCGCCGCUUCCGCCUCCUCCGGUUCCUCCGCGUUCUCAUUUACCUUCCCCGCCACCACCUCCGCAUCCCCCGCUGCCGGUUCCGCCGCCGCAACCGGCGGCGGGUCGUCGAUCUUCCCCGCCGUUUCGAGCAUUUUCGGGUCGGGGGCGACAGCCAAUGGGAGCAGCGCAAGCGGCGCGAUUGGCGCGACUCCGGGCCUGGGUAUCGGGUUUGGCAGCAGCAGCGGGGCUGGCAGCGGCGCGCCAGCUGUCACGCUGUCGGCGGUCCACGUGGCGACAGGGGAGGAGAAGGAGCGCGCGGUUUUCGCGGCGGAUGCGACGCUGUUCGAAUUCGGAGAGGGGGGGAAGUGGAAGGAGCGGGGGAAGGGGGAAGUUCGGCUAAACGUGCAGGCGGAAGAGGAGGGGGAGGGGGAGGGGGAGGAGAAGGGGGAUGAGGGGAAGGAGGAGAAGGAAGAAAAGGAAGGGACUGAGACAACGGAGAAGGAAGGGGAGGAGAAGAAGGGAGGAGAGAAAGAGGAUAAGGAGGAGGAGAAGAAAGAGGAGGAGACGGAUGGGAAAGAGGGAGAGAAGGAAGAGAAGGACACGUCAGCAGAAAAGGCCAAAACAGAGAAGCGGCCAGCUCGGCUGGUCAUGCGAGCGAAGGGCAACUUCCGUCUUCUUCUGAACGCGAAUCUUUUCCCGGAUAUGAAAGUCACCCGGAUGGAUGGGCGGGGAAUUUCGUUUGCUUGUGUGAACAGUACCUGUGAGGAGAAGGAGAAGGAGAAGGAGAAAGAGAAGGAGAAGGAAGGGGGUGGUGCAGCAGCAGCAGUUGGUUUGACGAUGCUGGCGCUUCGUUUUAAGGACGUGGCUCAUACAGAGGAGCUGCUGUCGCUCAUUAACGAGUACAAGGGCGGCAAGGGGAAGGAUGCUUCCGAGAAAGCAAGGGGAGUGGAUUGUGAGAAGGAAAGGAUAAUUGAGGUGCAGGUGCAGUGGUUGGUGGAUUCCUCUUUUCACUGCAGUCCUCAUGCCUUCCUACUGCGGGCCAAGUCAAGUCACUGCUCUUCACAUGCUUGCUGCUCCAAGAAUGGAGCCGGGAAGGAAGCACAGAAGGCCCUCUCAUCCGUCCCCGCCCGCUCCCUUUUGUCUUCUUCCUCGAGUUCCAAGUCUGCAUUUUCUGCGUUAUUGGAGAAGGAUGGCCUGUCCUAA